GCAAAUGCUUGAAAUCUCAGUAUUUGAACUGAGAAGCACGGUAACAGAGCUAGAAAAAAGACUUAGCAGUGUUGAAGAUGAAGGUAAUGAAUGGAAAACCAGAUAUGAGACACAAGUAGAAUUGAACAAACAGCUAGAAAGGCAAAUAAUUAUUCUUCAAGAGAAGAUGGAGCUUAUUCGUGGCAAUCCAGCAGAUAAAUUGUCCAUUGUUCGCACCUUUGAUCAAAUGCCUGUG